CAAAAGCCCGAACGUGGAGGAGGUCAAACAAGGCCGAGAGGCAGAGGAAGGGCGCGGGGCAGAGGGCGGGGACGUGGUCAGCCUAAUAUUAUCCAAUCAAAAUCAAUCUUCUCAGAAGGACUGGUGCCCAAAACUGGUCAGUGAAAAUGUUUUAAUAAAUCCCAAUUAAAUUUCCUGUUGACCCUUGAACAAAAACAUCUCACCCUCCACCUUAAUUCAUUUUUCACAGGUGCCACUCAGAGCCGAGCCCCCAGUUAUGGUGGGGGAGGUGGUGGGGGAGGAGGAGGGGGCUUUGAUGGUGAAGGAUCUAAAAGUGGUGGAAUAAAGUAAGCAUGGAUGUAUUGCUAUUGAACAUUUUUUUUGGUAAAGAACCAAACUGUCCAUACCAAGGACCUCUGUCUGCCAGUAUAUAAGGUCAGUUCAAUCCCUUGUUCUAGAGCUGAAAAGAAUUUCGAUGUUGAAGAUCCAGAUAAAAUAUUGAAAAUGCUCGAGGCUGAUGUAAGUUGUUCAUAUGUUUAUAAAUUGUGUUCACGGAAAGUUUGUGGUUUCAAAUGAACUUUCAAAAACUUAUAUGUGAUAGAUUUAUAAGGAAAAGUGGAAAACACAAAGAAAAAUCAUAAGCGUGUCGUAUCUUUAUAUGUGAUAGAGAUUUCCCUUGAUUUACAUAAACUUUAACUUUAAUUUUUUCGACUUACACAACGUAUGUUUUGAAAACUACUUCGCCGAUGAACUUACUACAUUGAUCGUUUUUUAAUCAAUUUAGAAUAUUCACCGUGCGUGUUUUAUCAGACCUAAAGAUACCCGGCUUCGCCUCGUAGCUUUAUAUCUGAAAUUUUGAUCUAAACAAGGAGAACGAAAUCCAUUAUCAUAGCUGGAAAGAGCAUCCUAAAAUGAGUAAACUUGCAAAGUUUGGUUGCAAAUUGUUGUAAAAUGAGGAGAAUAUAGCCCUGCGAAGUUCGCAAAUUUGGUAUAUAUUUGCAUUACGCGCGGGAAAAAUAACCAUUUUUCAGCCGAAAGUGGUUAUUUUUAUACAAAAUUUGCAAACUUCACAGGGCUAUAUUUUCUUCAUUUUACAACAUUUAGCAACCAAUCUUUGCAGUUUUACUCAUUCGAAGACGCUCUUUCUAGCUGUGGUGUUGGAUUUCGUUCUUCUUGCCUUGAUCAAAAUGUAGUCUAUAGCUGGAAUUACCCAUUAUUAUUUUGACCCAGGGGGAAAUGGACAUAGAUGAAGACCAGCUGGAGUGUGGAGUACUCCCUAUUCACAUACCCCUGGCGUUUCAUGAUCGCUUUAUUGAAGAAGUUCAAGAUGGCGAGGAAAUCACAUCAGUUAAAUGUAAGGACGAAUUCUGCAGUAUGCAUUUGUUUUGAGUUUGAAUCCUUAGACAUCCAAAUGAUAUCUUUAUUUUUUAAUGCAGCUGAACCAAUGGAUACAGACACAAAGAAACCUUUCAUGAAGCCAUCCACUAUGGCGCCCAAGAAGGCACAGGAAGAACAACAGAUGACUUGUGAACGUUUGCUCACUGGCGACGAUACGGUACGAAUUAAACUACCUAGAGGUCCAGUAAGGGUCAUCUGUUAUUGAUCCAGUGUUACUACAGGAGGAAACCUAAAGUAAACUAACUUUAUUUAUACUGGAUAGCUCUACCAGUUCUAAACUGUUCUUCCUAGAGGUCCAGUAAGGAUCAUCUCUUAUUGAUCCAGUGUUACUACAGGAGGAAACCUAAACUAAACUAACUUUAUUUAUACUGGAUAGCUCUACCAGUUCUAAACUGUUCUCCCUAGAGGUCCAGUAAGGAUCAUCUCUCAUUGAUCCAGUGUUAUUACAGGAGGAAACCUAAACUAAACUAACUUUAUUUAUACUGGAUAACUCUAUCAGUUCUAAACUGUUCUCCCUAGAGGUCCAGUAAGGAUCAUCUCUUAUUGAUCCAGUGUUACUACAGGAGGAAACCUAAACUAAACUAACUUUAUUUAUACUGGAUAGCUCUACCAGUUCUAAACUGUUCUCCCUAGAGGUCCAGUAAGGAUCAUCUCUCAUUGAUCCAGUGUUAUUACAGGAGGAAACCUAAACUAAACUAACUUUAUUUAUACUGGAUAGCUCUAUCAGUUCUAAACUGGUUCUUCCUAGAGGUCCAGUAAGAAUCAUCACUUAUUGAUCCAGUGUUACUACAGGAGGAAACCUAAACUAAACUAAUUUUAUUCAUACUGAAUAGCUUUAUCAGUUCUAAACGGUUCUCGGUAGAGGUCAGGUAAAGGUGCAUUAAAAAUCCUCUCUAUUUUUUCGCAGAAAAAGAAGGAACAAAUGUUAUUCUUCCAAUUUCCUGACUCUCUUCCAACACAGAGAGUUGAAGAUGAAGGAAGCGACUCAAAGGUGAAGACGUGUGUUUGCAGAAUUGAUCUAAGAUACAACUAAACGAGUAUCGUUUUAAUAAUCAUUCUGAAUGCUAAGAUGAAACCAUUGUCUUCGUUCUCUUUACAGUCGCGACGCAAAUCGCUCAAGUUACAAGACAUUUCUGAAGGUUACAUUGGAAAAAUUCAGGUCCACAAGUCAGGAAAAACUAAGUAUGUUUCAGAAUUGUGUCUAAACUACCGAGUUUUAGUCUUAACAUAUUGCUGAAAGUUCUAUUUUGUGAUUUUAAGAUUAAUUUUGGGAGGUGUUGCUUUGGAUGUGUCGAUGGGGACUCCUUGCAACUUUUUACAGGUAUGUUUGAACUUCAUGAAGAUCAGUAAACGAUGAAUCUCUGGGGAGAACAGUUUAGAACUGAUAGAGCUAUCCAGUAUAAAUAUAGUUAGUUUAGUGUAGGUUUCCUCCUGUAGUAACACUGGAUCAAUAAGAGAUGAACCUUACUAGACCUCUAGGGAGAACAGUUUAGAACUGAUAGAGCUAUCCAGUAUAAAUAUAGUUAGAGUUUAGUUUAGGUUUCCUGCUGUAGUAACACUGGAUCAAUAAGAGAUGACCCUUACUAGACCUCUAGGAAGAACAGUUUAGAACUGGUAGAGCUAUCCAGUAUAAAUAAAGUUAGUUUAGUUUAGGUUUCCUCCUGUAGUAACACUGGAUCAAUAAGAGAUGACCCUUACUAGACCUCUAGGAAGAAUAGUUUAGAACUGAUAGAGUCAUAGAGCUAUCCAGUAUAAAUAAAGUUAGUUUAGUGUAGUUUUCCUCCUGUAGUCACACUGGAUCAACAAGGAAUGACUUAUUGACGAGUUUUACAAUUUUUUGUUUAAACAUUUAACAGGAUAUUGUAUCAAUCCAUCCUGAAGAAGAAUCCAGAUCAAUGAUGACAUUAUGUCACGUAAAACAACGUCUGGUAUGCACGCCAGAUUUUGAAGAAUUACUUAAACAUAAUCUAGAUAUCACAUAG